ACCCCGGUAGCAGCUCGGAACAAGAGACGACUUCCUCUGGUGGUUCCCCGCCUCGGCUCUGCUGCAGCUGCCUGCCCGGGACCUGGGUGGGUGGGUCAUGGAGCCCCCCCGGGGGCAGGAGCCCCAGGCUCCUCAAGAGGUGGAAACAAGAGAAGAUGAAGAACAAAACAUCAAGUUGGCAGAAAUUUUGGAGCUCUUGGUUGCAGCUGGAUAUUUCAGGGCGAGAAUUAAAGGCUUGUCACCCUUUGACAAGGUAGUAGGAGGAAUGACUUGGUGUAUCACUACUUGCAACUUUGAUAUAGACGUUGACUUACUGUUUCAGGAAAACUCUACAAUAGGUCAAAAAAUUGCCCUGACAGAAAAAAUUGUGUCUGUCCUGCCAAGGAUGAAGUGCCCACAUCGCCUGGAGCCCCAUCAGAUCCAGGGGCUGGAUUUCAUUCAUAUAUUUCCUGUUGUUCAGUGGUUGGUGAAACGUGCCAUAGAAACCAGAGAAGAAAUGGGUGACUACAUCCGUUCCUACUCCAUAUCUCAGUUUCAGAAAACCUAUAGUCUCCCUGAGGAUGAUGACUUCCUGCAAAGAAAAGAAAAGUCCAUCAAGACAGUAACCGAUAUAUUUGAUGUUUACAAACCUCGUCGGAAAUACAGGCGUCAGAAGGGAGCUGAAGAGCUCCUAGAUGAAGAAUCUCGAGUCCAUACUACCCUUUUGGAAUAUGGCAGGCGAUAUGGAUUAAGUAGACAGAGCAAAACAGAGAAGACCGAGGACAAGAAAAUGGUGUUGCCUUCAGGGUUCUCAGGGUCAGGAAAAUCCCUUGACGAAGAUGAGCUUCAAGCUGCCGAAGAGUGCCAUAUUGAAACUCUGAUGACUAAAAUGGCUGCUAUGGCAACAGAAGAGAGCCGACUGACCGCAAGUGCAGUAGGCCAGAUUGUGGGGCUUCGCUCUGAGGAGAUCAAGCAGAUUGUCUCAGAAUAUGCCGAGAAGCAGUCAGAGCUUUUGGCUGAAUCAAGUCCAGAAAAAUUAGGAGUGACCCAGCAACAUCGCCGAAAAGUCGCUUCUUUGAACAAGCAAAUUCAACAGAAAACCAAACUUCUAGAAGAGUUACAGGCCAAGUGCACAGACUUACAAGCCAAAUAUGAUGAAGCAAAGACAAAACUAUCAGAAGUAAAGAGUUACAGUGAGAAACUGGACCAAGAAUUGGCAGCCCUCGAGAAAAUAGAAUCCCAGGCUGACCCAAGCAUUCUGCAGAAUUUAAGAGCGCUUGUAGCUAUGAAUGAAAAUCUGAAAAGUCAGGAACAAGAGUUCAAAGCACAUUGCAGAGAAGAGAUGGCACGCCUGCAGCAGAAUAUUGAAAAUUUAAAAGCUGAAGCAUCAGAAGAUGGAGAUGAAAAGGAGCCCAACAGAAUUAUAGAACAACAGUAUAAAAUUGAGAAAGAAAAGCUUCAGAAAAUCCGACUGUUGCUGGCUCGAAGAAACCGAGAAAUAGCAAUUUUGCAACGCAAGAUUGAUGAAGUACCCAGCAGAGCUGAGUUAACACAGUAUCAGAAGAGAUUUAUUGAACUCUACAGUCAGGUGUCAGCAACCCACAAAGAAACCAAGCAGUUUUUCACUCUAUAUAACACACUGGAUGAUAAGAAGGUUUAUUUGGAAAAAGAGAUUUCUUUGCUGAAUUCAAUUCAUGAAAACUUCCAACAAGCAAUGGCGUCCUCGGCUGCCCGUGACCAGUUUUUGCGACAGAUGGAACAGAUUGUAGAUGGAAUUAAACAAAAUAGGAUGAAGUUGGAGAAGAAGAAACAAGAGAACAAAAUGAGAAGAGACCAGUUAAAUGAUGAAUAUCUGGAACUAUUAGAAAAACAGAGGCUAUAUUUUAAAACUGUGAAAGAAUUCAAGGAGGAAUGCCGCAAGAAUGAAAUACUGCUGUCCAAGGUGAAAUCCCAUAUUUCCUGAGAAAUCACAUCAGCUGGCAACCUUAAUUGAUUUUUCUAGCCUGGAGAUGAUUACCACGUUAUGAAACGUGAUAGUAGCAGCCCAGAGAUGCCGGCAGAUUGCUUCAAAUACUCUGGAUUUUUUUUCUAUUUUGUUUCUUUUCAUUCCCGUGCCAGGUGUUAAUGACAGUCAUUCAACACAAAGGGUAUAACUAGAGUAAAAGCCCUUCCACAGAAUAAGAUGUAAUGUGGCCAAUAUUUCUUUUCUGUAUAGAUUUUUCUUUUAUAUCCAAAAUAACAUUACAUAUAAUUAAGAUAUCAGGAAAAAUAUUUGCAUAAAGUCUCUAUAAAAUAAAAAUUAACUCAUUCA